GCAACCUCGUUCAGAAAGUGAACGUAAAGUCAGAUUGCUGAAGUUUAAACGGUGAAAAUGGAUUCACUAUCUGUAGAUGAUUUUUCUUGCACCGUGUGUUUUGACAUAUUAAAGGAUCCUGUUCUUCUAUCAUGUAAUCAUAGUUUCUGUAAAGAGUGUCUUCAACAGUUCUGGAGAACCAAGAAUACCCAGGAGUGUCCUGUCUGCAGGAGAAGAUCCUCAAGAGAUGAUCCUCCAAAUAAUCUUGUGUUAAAAAACUUGUGUGAGUCAUUCCUGAAGGAGAGAAAUGAGAGGCGUUCAUCAGGAUCUGAGGAGAUCUGCAGUUUACACAGUAAGAAUCUCAAACUCUUCUGUCUGGAGGACAAACAGCCUGUGUGUUUAGUGUGCUUGACUUCAGAGAAACACGACAAUCACACAUUCAGACCCAUCAGUGAAGUGGUUCCAUCAUAUAAGGAGGAGCUCAAUACAGCACUGAAGUCCUUACAAGAGAAACUGAAACACAAUGAAAACAUUAAAGGAGAGUUUGAGAAAACAUUUCAAAACAUCAUGUCUCAAGCUGAUCACAAAGAGCAUCAGAUUAAACAGCCGUUUGAGAAACUUCAUCAGUUUCUCAGAGAUGAAGAAGAAGCUACAAUCACUGCACUGAGGGAGGAAGAGGAGAAGAAGAAGCAGAUGAUGAAGGAGAAGUUGGAGGAGAUGAACAGACACAUCUCAGCUCUUUCACACACAAUCAAAGACAUGGAGGAGAUGAUGAAAGACAAUGACAUCUGCUUUCUGAAGAAGUUUCCAGUCUCAAUGGAAAGAGUCCAGAUCUCACAGCCGGAUCCACAGAUGCCUUCUGGGGCUUUGAUUCAUGUGUCAAGUUACUUGGGCAACCUGCAGUUCAGAGUCUGGAAGAAGAUGCAGGACAUCGUCCAAAACAGUGAGUCUGGAGAAGAUCUGUCUGUCCUUGACCCUCUGAAUGAUCCCCUUUCCAACGAUGAGGAGGAGCACCUUCAAAGAUUGCAGCACCAAGACAACAGUGUAUCAUCAGCCACCUCUCAGCAGGGCAGCUAUGAGGCCAUCCGCCUCAGAAUCUUCCAUAAACUGGUGAUCCAGUACGCAAAGCAGCGCCAGUAUGACAUAGCCGUGCAGCUCUGCAAACAGGCUCUGGAGGAUCUGGAGAAAAUAACUGGACAUUACCACCCUGAUGUGGCCACCAUGCUCAACAUACUGGCGCUCAUAGACAGGGAGCAGCAAAAAUAUGAAGAAUCCAUUAUCUUGCUGAAUGAUGCUCUCUCCAUCAGAGAGAAGACACUUGGAAAAGACCAUCCUAAAGUGGCAGAUACUCUCAAAGGUCUGGUUGUGCUAUACAUGAAACAAGGCAAGAAUAAGGAGGCUGAGCCACUCUGUAAUCGAGCCCUGGACAUCCAAGAGAAGGUGUUGGGGAAGGAUCAUCCCGAUGUGGCGAAGCAGUUGAGUGAUCUGGCGGUGUUGUGUCACAAUCAGGGCAAGUACGAGGAGGGUGAGCAUUAUUACCGCAGAGCUCUGAAGAUCUAUGAAUGCAGACUCAGUCCAGAUGACCCCAGAAUGGCCACAACCAAGCACAACCUGGCGAUGUGUUUUUUCAAUCAAGGCAAAAAAAAAGAAGCUGAGUUUCUUUUCAAAGAGAUUCUGACCUGUGCUCAUGAGAAGGAGUUUGGAUUAGUAAAUGCUGAAAACAAACCCAUCUGGAUGCAUGCUGAGGAAAGAGAGGAGGUGAGCAAGGAGAAACACAGAGGCAACACAGCGUAUGAAGAAUAUGCAAGCUGGGACAAAGCCAGAAAACUCAACAGUCCGGCCAUAAAUGCGACGCUGAGGAAUCUAGCCGUUUUGUACCGCAAACAGGGCAAGAUGAAGGCAGCAGACAUGCUGGAGGAAUGUGUCCCAAGAUCCAGUACCCACAAACAGGAUGGCAGACUGGAUCGCAGCGAUUCAACAGGGUGGUUCAGAGAUAUGCUGCGCAAGAGCUGUGGAAUGCUGGUGAAGAAACUUCAUGGUCACCAACCCCCAGAGCCGCGCAACACCAAAGAAUGAAAGCAUGACGCCUCACUGAACAAGAUGAGUGACAAGUCCUGUCAGAGUCUGAGCAGCUGACGUCUGAAAGAUAGUUGAGAUUUGAGUUCAACUGCUCCAUUGUCAACCAACCAGAACCUACAUAACAAACUUAAAAACUUGUGUUUUAAAUGUUUUAAUUUUUUUAUCAGUAUAUAAGAUAUUCAAACAAUCAGACUUCUAAUGUAGAUCAAACUACAUACAUGAUCAAAUCAGUCAGCUUAAUGCUUUAAUAACUCUCUCAACAUCGGCCAUGUCCUGCUGUAUUGCCGUACUGUAAGGACCACCCACUGGCCCAAUGACAGAAAACACUUUGAUUUAUUUUUUUUUAAAUUUCAUUUCAGUGUAAUUCUGACACCAUUAUUGAUUUAAAUUGACUCCAGUUUUCAAGUGACCAUUACAUUUAUACUGUAAUUCUGAUUUAGAAGCUAAUCAAGAUUUUGGUGGAUUUAAUUUAGAUAUUUGAUUAUUCUUGUAUUCUAGUUCAAAUAUCUGUUCAUUAGGGACCCAAUGUUGCACAGAGUCAAGACAAAUCAAGUCCACCUACAUUUGUAUAGUGCUUUAUUCAAUACAGAUUGUUUCAAGCAUGGAUUUUGUCGAUACUGAAUUCAUUUAUUGGCAACUGCUAUAUAGAACUGUAUUCUAACUGAAUUUGAUUCAAUUUAAGAAUUUUACAAAAGAUUACACAUUUAGUAAGAAUAGACACAUCAACUGAAAAUGU